CUCUGGGCCUCGCUUGCCUCCUGUAAAAUGGGUCAUGCCUCACCUGAGUGUAGUGAAUGUCCUGAAGAUUGUUGGUGAUGGUGGCCAUAGAAAUACCUCCGGCUGAUGAGGGUGGUGAAGCUUCAGGACUCCUGAUGUUUCCUUUCAUGUACACUGUUGACCUGGGCUGGCUGUGGCCACUUGCCAGAGAACACGGGUGUCUUCCUCCCCUUUCCUAGCAACACAGGCAGUGAUGAGUUCUCCUUCAGCGUGCCAAGUGCGCUGUGUGUUCUCAGUGGACACGUACUUUGCUGACUGUGGUUUCUCCGAUGUUCUUUUCCUGAAGCCACUUUCAGCUUCUGUUGUUGCAGUGUUUUGCUUUUUUCCUCUCUCUCCCAUUGUGUCCUUCUUUGUACUUUGUGCUUGCUGUGCAGCUAUCACUGUCCUGUGUUUUUUUUCCCUUUGUAGAAAAGGGUCUUAGUGAAGAAUCCACGCUCCGGCCAUUGUAUAUGGAUGUCCAGGCAACUACUUCUCUGGACCCCAGAGUUCUGGACAGCAUGCUCCCUUAUCUAAUGCACUACUAUGGCAACCCCCAUUCCAGGACUCAUGCCUAUGGCUGGGAGAGUGAGUCUGCUAUGGAACGAGCCAGGCAGCAAGUUGCGUCGUUGAUAGGAGCAGAUCCUAGAGAGAUUAUUUUUACCAGUGGAGCUACAGAAUCAAAUAAUUUAGCAAUUAAGGGUGUUGCAAGAUUCUAUAAAUCCAGAAAGAAGCAUAUUAUUACAACUCAGACAGAACACAAGUGUGUGCUGGACUCUUGCCGUUAUCUAGAGGCUGAAGGCUUUCGUAUCACAUACUUGCCUGUUAAAAGAAAUGGGCUCAUAGACUUAAAGGAGCUGGAAGAUGCGAUUCAACCAGACACAAGCUUGGUGUCCAUAAUGACGGUGAACAAUGAAAUAGGAGUAAAGCAGCCAGUUCGUGACAUUGGUCAGAUCUGCAGCUCCCGUAAGGUUUUCUUCCACACGGAUGCUGCACAGGCAGUUGGCAAAAUCCCCAUGGAUGUCAAUGAUAUGAAAAUUGACCUAAUGAGCAUCAGUGGCCAUAAAAUCUAUGGUCCCAAAGGGAUUGGUGCCAUCUAUAUUCGCCGUCGGCCCCGGGUCAGGUUGGAAGCCUUACAAAGUGGGGGAGGCCAGGAGAGAGGCAUGCGAUCUGGGACUGUGCCUACACCAUUAGCCGUUGGCCUUGGAGCAGCAUGUGAAGUGGCCCAACAAGAGAUGGAGUAUGAUUACAAGAGAAUCUCUGUAUUAGCAGACCGGCUAGUUACAGAAAUAAUGACUGAAAUUCCAGAUGUGGUUAUGAAUGGAGACCCAGAGCAUCACUAUCCAGGCUGCAUCAAUUUAUCUUUUGCGUAUGUGGAAGGAGAGAGUCUGCUAAUGGCCCUGAAAGACGUGGCUCUGUCUUCAGGAAGUGCUUGCACAUCUGCCUCUCUGGAACCGUCCUACGUGUUAAGAGCAAUUGGGACUGAUGAAGAUUUGGCUCACUCCUCCAUCAGGUUUGGCCUUGGGCGUUUCACCACAGAAGAAGAAGUGGAUUAUACCGUGCAGAAGUGUAUACAACACGUCAAAAGACUGAGGGAGAUGAGUCCCCUGUGGGAAAUGGUGCAGGACGGAAUUGACCUGAAGAGUAUUAAAUGGACCCAGCAUUAGGAAAGCGUGGGCUAGGGGAUGUGCUCCAGAGUCCAUUUUCUGUACAUUCCAGAACAAAUCAUGUGGCGUUUGCUGUUUGACAUGGUCACAGACUGGUGGCUGGGGUCUAAACACACCAGAGGGGGGGCUGUGUCUAGAAUACUUGCUUAUGCCCAAGGUACCUUGCACUGUGACCUAGCGUCCUUGGAACUGCAUUUUCUGAUACCAGAGGAAUGGGGCUCUUGAACUCUGACUUCUCUUGCUGCAGAAGGGUCCCUGUGGGAGGAGGUUCUGCUGCCUUGGCAUCGCGCACACGCUGCAGCUGUUCUGUUUGGAGUAAAGCUUUAUUGCUCAGA